AUGUCCAAGGAGUUCCUCUGCAUCCUCCCCGAUAAGCCUGAUGCGCAGGCGAGGAGGCUUGAGGUUAGGCCGAAGCACCUCGAAGGCGUGAAACCGCUCGUCGCGGCCGGAAAGAUUGUUGUUGGUGGCGCCAUGCUAAACGCCCACCCCGCAGAAGGCGAGACCCCUUCUUUCAAGGGAAGCAUGCUAAUCUGCAUCGUGGACACGGAAGAGGAGGCGUGGGAGAUUAUCAAGAACGACAUCUAUGUCAAGUCCGAUGUCUGGGACUUGGAUGCUGCGCAGGUUAUUCCGUUCAAGGCUGCUGUUCGCGUCGGGUCAUAG